UCUCUCUCUCUCUCUCUCUCUCUCUCUCUCUCUCAUAAAUUAGCCCAAGUAUUUGGCCGUAAGUCGCUCUCUCUCUCUCCUCCCACUCAAAUCUAGAGAGAGAAACAAGAAGAAGAAAAAAAAUGUCACACUCUCUCAAAACCCACUCUCUUACACUUCUUCUACUCUUCACUCUAUCUUCUACUGCCACCUCCCAUUUCUCUUCUUCUUCUUCAACCUCGACAACACAGCCUUCCACGUGGUCCGAAUGGAGAUCUGCACGCGCCACCUACUACGCUGCCGCCGACCCCCGCGACAUUGUCGGCGGCGCGUGCGGUUUUGGCGACCUGGUUAAGGCAGGCUACGGCAUGUCCACGGUUGGGCUGAGCGAGUCUCUGUUCGAGCGGGGGCAGAUCUGCGGAGCUUGUUUCGAGCUCCGCUGUGUGAACGAUCUCCGGUGGUGCAUUCCGGGGACUUCAAUCAUCGUGACGGUGACCAAUUUCUGUGCUCCUAACUAUGGGUUUCCGGCGGACGGUGGGGGCCACUGUAACCCUCCCAACAAGCACUUCGUGUUGCCAAUCGAGGCGUUUGAGAAGAUCGCUAUCUGGAAAGCCGGAAACAUGCCGAUUCAGUACCGGAGAAUCAAGUGCAGAAAGGAGGGAGGAAUAAGAUAUACAAUCAGUGGUUCAGGUAUCUUUAUGUCAGUGUUGAUUAGUAACGUUGCUGGUGCUGGAGAUAUAGUUGCAGUUAAGGUCAAGGGUUCAAGAACAGGUUGGCUUCCCAUGGGACGGAAUUGGGGCCAAAACUGGCACAUAAACGCAGAUUUAAGGAAUCAACCUCUUUCCUUCGAGGUCACAAGCAGUGACGGCGUCACAAUUACAUCAUACAAUGUUGCCCCCAAAAGUUGGAGCUACGGACAAACCUUCGAAAGCAAGCAAUUCGAAUCUUAAAAGGACAACCACGAAGAAUAUUGUCAAAUCAGGACCAUUCUUUUAUCUUUCUUUUGAUGUUUUCUUUCUCAGUUGGGGUGGAAGAGGUUGUAACUUGUAAGAAAUGCCUUUGGUUCCCCCCCUCUUGUGUGGGAAAUGGUUAAGUUACAAGUGUUGUAAUAUUAUAUAAGGGAUAUGCUUCAAACUAUUCUUAAAGAUAAGAUUAGAAAAUAUCAGUGUGACAAAGUUUUGCCACAAUUUUUGAGUAA